AUGGAGUCCCAACAAGAAAAAUGCCUUCCAGUGACACAGGGAACCCAAACACAACGAUGCUGCUCGAAAUGGUGGAUAUUUAAAAAUGACUUUAAGCACGCCAGUCGCUUAGACGGACCAUAUGCUUUCUUUGUUUGCCUCUGUGGUUUUAUUUGCGUCUUAAUCCCCAUCGGUUGUGCAUAUUCCUAUGGUCUUCUCUUUCCAGUGCUUCUAGUCGAGUUUAAGGAGGGAAAAGCUAGGACAGGUAAGUUGUUCAUUUGUUCGAAUCCAAGAGUAAUAAUACCUCCACAGAGAGGGGGAGGGGGGGGGAAGGGCAGGACGGGGAGGAGGCAAACCUCCCGUCUCCCGUAUCGUUCAUUCCAGGCUCCCGCCCCUUUUUUUCCCUACCUCCUCAAUUUAGCCAAUUGCAAAUACUAAGCACUGUUGUGAAAAUUUUUGGCCUAUCUCUCCCGCUUUUACCCUUUAAGACUCCCACCUCCCGCUCUUUCGUUCCCCGCCUCUCGUACCCAUCCGCACUCUAUUCUCUCGUGCUCUAACCCCUGUUUAGUUUUGCUUCAGUCCGUCAAUAAGUCGUUUGUACGGUGCCAGUAACUGUUGACUACGAUUCAGAGGCGUUUGUUCUUGGUUAGCAAACCAGUUAGGUUUAAUACCAGCAACAGACGUGAUAUAACUCACUUUGACCCUGAUGAGUCUCUACGUUCACUCAGGCGAUGAUGCUCUCAACCUAUUUAGUGUUUCUAUGAUCUUAAUGCAUUUUAUCUCCGCAGCUUGGGUAGGUUCUCUGGCUUAUGCAUCCGGUAGUCUCUUUGGGCCUUUUGUUGGACUUCUCUGCGAUCGAUUCAGCCAUCGCAAAGUUGCAGUGGGUGGGGGGAUGUUAGCUUCCCUGAGUCUCUUUGCGACAUCUCAAGCACCCAGUUUAACAAUGAUGUACUUCACCUUUGGUCUGACAUUCGGCCUCGGUUGCAGCUGUUUAUAUUUCGUUUCCCUGACCAUAUUACCCAAGUACUUUCUGAAGAGACGCGCAUUAGCAACAGGACUGGUUCUUAUGGGUCCUUGCGCAGGCUUGAUAGUUAUGAGCCCCAUCAUUCAGAGCCUGUUAAACGCUACCACAUGGAGGGUCACAUUAAUAGCCAUGGCGGGAAUGACGCUGAUCACCUGCUUUCUAUCACUUUCAUUUGAUUCGAACGUUCCAAAAGAUGAGUGUCAAGUUAUAAAGACAGUGGAUGAAAGCUCUGAUGUCAGGUCUUCUUUAGUUGUAUUGGCCUCUGCCAGGAAAGCUGAAUCAUCCCAAUUAUGUUCAACUUUAAUCUUUUCCUACUUGAAGAAUAAGGAGUUUGUGAUACACUUGAUUGCCAGCGUCACUUGUUUUUGUGGUCUAACCAUUCCUAUUGUACAUAUGGUAAGUUUGCACGGCGCUAGGGAAGUAAUGUAAUCAAACAACUCUGGUCAAACUCUAAGUCAUGAUUUCUGCGUCUUGAUAGAUUUAGCCUUUGAAUUUAUUUGAAUCAAUGUAACAUUCUGACGGACUGCCAAUCUACCGCCCUUCCCUUAAACCAACAUUGUGUUAUACUGUGAAUUUAAUGGGUUAGGGGAGCGGGGCUAGGUGGAAAGUUUCCGAGGAUCUUACUAUACUGAUUCUUUUUGGUUGUAAUCCAUAGUAAUCUCCGCCAUCCUAGGUAGCACUUAGCCCCUUAUGGCUUAUUACUUCGUCUUUGGCUUAUUCCUUUUUUACCUAAGUAAUAUUUCGAGUUUUCCUUCAAUUCCAAGAUAAUUUUCUACGUGACCAAAAAUGGAUCCAGUUAUCGCGAAAGAGCUCCUUCAAUUACAAAAGAGCCACGAAAACAAAUAACAAGAACGCUUGGAACCAGAUAAGGCGUAAACCAUGCUCAUAUGAUUUUUGCAACGAUUCAAUAACAUAAGUUCUGUUGCACUCAUACGCCAUGAGGUUCAAACAAAACAAGAUAAACCCACAAUUGCGGCCACUGUGACUGCUGUUCAGAUCAUCUACUGCUACCAAAUGCAAUUAGACUUGAAAAUUUUGGCUUCUCCGGUUUACGGAGGGGAAAAAUCUCCGUGUCAAACUGGACUGUAUUUUUGUUUACUUUUCAUCAUUUCAGUUUUGUUCUUGUUUGUUUUUACUUUUUUUUUUUUUACCCAGGCUCGUUAUUGCCAAGAACAAGGAAUAGACGCAAACCGAUCGUUUGUGAUGUACUUGUUCAAUGGGGUGGCAUCAGUAUUACUCAGGGCUCUGACAGGACACAUAUGUGAUAUAAAGAAAUUAGAUCCCAGAUGGGUCUUGCAAAUAGCCAUGUUCCUUGCGGGUAUCAUUUCCGUACUUAUGACACAUUUUCGCUCAUACAACGAGUUGUUUGCGUGUUUUGUUCUCUAUGGGGUUAUGGAUGGCACUAUAGUUUCUUCCUUGAACAUCUUGGCUCUUUAUACGCUCUCACCGGAGGAGAGACCUCAAGGGUUUGGAUUCUUCCACCUCUGUAUUGCAAUUUCACUCGCGGCCGGUCCACCGUUUGGAGGUAUGUAUGAGCUAAAUACCCGGCAAGGGGAAAGGGGGGGGGGGGGGAGGCUAUCAGUAAAGUUUUGAACUGUAAACUAAAGCUGCACAUCAAAGGAUUUUACUAACAAAUUUUGGGGGCCGUAUAACUGUGCUUAGAUUGCUCCAGACGCUUGCUUUAGAUUUUCCAUGUAUUUGUCUGCAUUUUUUUUCCAGGAAAUUUUAGUCGGCACGUAGAAGAAAUUAUUACAGACAAAUCUAUGAAAAAUUAGAAAAGUGAUUCUAGCACAUGUAGCUGCAUGUAACGCCCUCAAUUAUUUUCAGUAGAAUCGUUAGGAGUGAAGCUUUUGAUUACAUUUCAUAUUUUUUUCCAGAACAGCCGUUUUACGGAAAUUAUUCGACAUCAGGUUCUUAUACAAACACUGUGAUUUCUCACGCGGUUGCCUACUCGUCAAGAUGGCUUCCAAAACCGUGAAAAGGUCUAUAAGAACCUCAUUCACAAGAGGAAACAUGCUACUUAAUUACAAAUCAAUACUAUGCCGUUGAAUUAUGAUCAUGAAAUGCAUCCCAUAAGUCCAGACUGUCAGCAAUCCCUAGUGACUGUAACGAACUAAUCGUGCCAAGCUACUGCUACGCUACUAGUAAGAAACUGCUUGCAUUCUAUGGGCCAUUUUGAUACUGGGUGGGUUGUUGUUGUGUCAAACACCAGUACAGAACAGUUUCAGGGUCGCCAUCGCUUCAUCUAUUGGUUGAUGCGAGGUUGCGCGGGAAACCGGGUCAAAAUCCGUACCCCAAAUCAGUCCCAUAAUGCAAUUCAACACUGACUCAGUCCCAAUAGGUUAAUUUGACGGACGAAAUUGGUGAACUUUAUAAUUCCUCUCAUCGACAGUAAGGUCAUUUGUGCUAUUUCUCUUUUUGCUUCUUUUUUCGUAGGAUUUCUAGCAGACCUAUCUGGUGCCUACACCCUGACAUUCUAUAUCGCAGGAACGUUUCAUGUCGUAGCUGGUUGUAUAUUGUUUUUGUCAUAUUGUGUUAAAGGUACAAAGCGCAGUCGAGAGGACUUAACUAAAAUGUUGCCACUAGAAAAUUUUGUUAUUAUUGAAAAGGUCACUGUUUUAUAACGGAAAGAAAUUGGAAUAUGAAACAUAAACACAAUUUUCCGCCAUGAGAAAGAUGGACUACGAGCAGUCUCUCUUUUUUCUUGGUCCGUGAAGCAAAACGCUCGAGACACGCAAAUGACCACGCGGGUUACUUAAGGUGCGAGACGGGACAGGCUGCCACCCUCGUUUCUCGCGUCUCGCGGCUUCGCCGCUCGACGCUUGCGCGCGCGUGCACUCCCCUCACUAAAUAUGAACAAAAAGAGAGACUGCUCGCAGUCUAUGUGAAAGAACGCAAUUCCUGAAACUCGCGCAUCCUGGAUAAUUUAAAGCAAUAGAGUAAGCAAGGAGAUCAUGUAAAUCACCAAACAAUUUUAAGUUUAUUUAGUUAAUUUGACGUACUUGUUACUGCUAAUGUCAGCAAGCAGGGGUCUCAAUCUGUUAUAAAUCUUUUUGGGGCAUGUAUCUAAGGCACUUUCGGCUGAGAAUGCCGUAAAAUAAAUAGUUAAC